UCAUGGGACCUCUGGUGUUUACAGUGAUAGCAGGAAGGAGGAACCCUAGUUAUCAUCUGGAAUAGCCUUAAAUUCUUAUAAUUCUUUAUAUCUUAAUCUUUGAAACUCUUUAAUUCAUUUUGUGGGCCAUGUCUACUGCAGCAGCAGGAGGGGCACGGAGCUACAACUUCAAAAUUGUUCUGUUGGGUGAAGGUUGUGUCGGCAAGACCAGUCUAGUCCUUAGAUACGUCGAGGACAAAUUUAAUGAUCGACAUAUUACCACAUUACAGGCUUCCUUCUUAACAAAACGAAUUAAUCUGAGUGGUAAACGAGUUAACCUAGCAAUAUGGGACACAGCAGGACAAGAGCGGUUUCAUGCACUAGGACCUAUAUAUUACCGGGAGUCACAUGGAGCUAUUCUUGUAUAUGACAUCACUGAUGAAGAUUCAUUUCAAAAGGUAAAGAAUUGGGUUCGUGAGCUAAGAAGAAUGUUGGGAAAUGAUAUAUGCCUUGUUAUUGCUGGAAACAAAAUUGAUAUGGAGAAAGAAAGACAUGUCUCACAGGAAGAAGCAGACGCGUAUGCUCAAGAGGUUGGGGCCUUACAUUUCCAAACUUCAGCUAAACAGAAUAAAGGAGUUGAAGAAUUGUUUCUAGAACUGACUCGCAGGAUGUUAGAAAAUGCUGUAACUAAUGAUCAACAACGUAUCAACACCCUCACUCGGGGAGGUAAUACACGCAACUUACAACUUGUGGAUGAUCAGGUAACCACUCCUACACAGAAAUCUUCUUGCUGCAGCUCUUAAUCAGCUGUACAUAAGUAAUGAUUUAUAACGCUUGGGAUAUUUGCUUCCUGUUAGAUAUAAAGUUGUUGUAUGUUUAAUUUUAAGUGAGUGGGAAAAUUCAUGCUGUAAUUUGCAUCAUUUUUUAAGGCUGCAGCAUGGAACUUUAACCAGUCUGCUCCCUAAUUGUCUACAAGUAUUAUAUAAAUUAAGUAUGUAGACAGAAUUAUCUUGAGAUUAUACUUACUGGAGGCCAGUUUCAAGCAAUAGGUGAACCAACAUUACCAAACAGGAGUGAUAGAUGGAAUUAUCUAUUGUUCCCCCAAAACUGAUAUCUUCAGGGAUGUCAAACAAACAGUGAUAAAUAAUGAAUGUGUUGACCCAUUA